UCGUCGGCCUCACUGACUGAAAAAUGGAGUUUGCCAUGGUGGGCGCGGACGGCGCGUGCAACAGCCACCUGCCUUAUGGAUAUGCACAAGCACGCGCGCGGGAGAGGGAACGCGAAAGGGAGCGGCAGGCCGCGCAGUCCAGAGCCGAAAGUGGCUGCGGCGCGGAGGGAGGCGGCGUGGGGAGCUCCACCGCCAAGGCCACCUGCGCCCCCUCCGCCUCCUCCUCAACACCGGGCGCACAUCUCCUUAACAGCCGACAGCAUCAGUCUCGCGCCUCCUCCUCCUCCUCCUCCAACAUCAACAGCGGCGGUACCGCCUCGCGCUCCUCCUCCUUCGCCGCCUCCGCCUCUUCGCACCAGCAGGAGCAGGAGCAGCAGCACAGAGCCGCCAGAGAGCGGAGGAAGGAGCGCGGCGUGGCGCGCUGGAGACGCGGCCGGAGCACACUCGGCGGGGACCUGCGGCACUCGGAGCUGGCGCUGCUCGGAUCAGAGGACGACAUCAUGAUCGAGGAGGAGGAGGAGGAGGAGGCUGAGGGAGCCGAGGAGGAGGAGGAGGCGGCGGAGGAGGAGGAGGAGGACAGGGGAAGCAAGAGGACGACUUUUCUGUGUAACGUGGAUGAUGAUGGGGAGGAGAGCGGGUCGAUGACGGACAGGCGGCCUCGGUCCGGCUACGAGAACGCGUACAGCGAGCUGGGCUGCUGUGAGAGAGUCGUCAUCAACGUGUCGGGUCUGAAGUUCGAAACUCAGCUCAAGACUCUGACUCAGUUCCCCGACACGCUGCUGGGAGACCCCGAGAAGAGAAUCAGGUACUUCGACCCUCUGAGGAACGAGUACUUCUUCGACCGGAACCGGCCCAGUUUCGAUGCCAUUCUGUACUACUACCAAUCAGGAGGCCGCUUGAAAAGACCCGUCAACGUCCCGUUCGACAUCUUCUCCGAGGAGGUGAAGUUUUAUGAACUCGGGGAGGAGGCCAUCCUGAAGUUUCGGGAGGAUGAGGGCUUCGUGAAGGAGGAGGAGAAACCUCUGCCCGAGGACGAGUUCAAGCGCCAGAUCUGGCUCCUUUUCGAGUACCCGGAGAGUUCCAGCCCUGCCAGGGGGAUCGCGGUGGUGUCUGUCCUGGUCAUUGUCAUUUCGAUUGUUAUUUUCUGUUUGGAGACGCUGCCGGAGUUCAGGGACGAGAAGGAGUACCUGCAGCCGCGGCGCAACUCCACGCAGCCCGACCACGGCUUCACGCCCUUCAACGACCCGUUCUUCAUCGUGGAGACGGUCUGCAUCAUCUGGUUCUCCUUUGAGAUUAUAGUCCGCUUCUUUGCCAGUCCGAGCAAAGCGGCUUUCUUUAAAAACAUCAUGAACUCCAUAGACAUCGUGUCCAUCCUGCCUUACUUCAUCACGCUGGGCACCGACCUGGCGCAGCACCAAGGCAACGGGCAGCAGCCGAUGAGCUUCGCCAUCCUGAGAAUAAUCCGCCUGGUCAGAGUGUUCCGAAUCUUCAAACUGUCCAGACACUCCAAGGGCCUGCAGAUUCUGGGUCACACUCUGCGCGCCAGCAUGAGGGAGCUGGCCCUCCUCAUUUUCUUCCUGGUCAUCGGCGUCAUCCUUUUCUCCAGCGCCGUGUACUUCGCCGAGGCGGACGAGCCCACCUCUCAGUUCACGAGCAUCCCUGACGCCUUCUGGUGGGCCGUGGUCACCAUGACAACCGUGGGGUACGGAGACAUGAAGCCCAUUACCGUGGGCGGGAAGAUAGUUGGCUCCCUGUGCGCCAUCGCCGGCGUGUUAACUAUCGCGCUGCCGGUGCCUGUCAUCGUGUCCAACUUUAACUACUUUUACCACAGGGAGACCGACAACGACGACCAGCCGCCGGUGGCGGACAGCAUGCCGCCGGGCUGUCCGUAUUUCCCGGACUUUAUGAGGAAAUUUAAAGGCUCUCCCUCUGGCUCCUCGCUGGGUGACAAAGCGGAAUACAUGGAGAUGGAGGAGGGGGUGACGGAGUCGCUGUGCGGCUUGGAUAAGAGUCCCAGUAAAGGAAACGGCACGGACAUGAGCAGAAAAAACAGUACUAACUCCAAAUCCAUCCAGACUGAUGUGUGACCACAAGUAGUCAAUCAAUUUAACAUGUUUCUUUUGUUUUUUUGGCCCCAUAGAGAUAUUUUACGCCCACCAGCCGUCGGAGACCUUUAACUUUUACGCACCAAUUCACACACGCGAGAGCGCGCGCAGACACACGCGCGCGCGUAAAUUGGCGGGGGAGACAUAAUUCAGUCCCGGUGGACACACACGGAAACACUUGGCUCCGCGUUGACGAACUUUUAGGAGAAACGAGCUUAAAACCUGUGCGUAACGGGCAGAACAGAACUGCCGUCCGUGCGCGCUUCAGAUCUGACCCGAAACUCCAAAACUCCACAGACAGGCUAUGCAUUCGCACUUUAUGAGUUUCAUCUGGCCAAACUAGAAAAGGUUAGGGGUGUUCGUUUUGCUGUUAUGCAAUAAAGUUCAAUUUGUUUGCACUAACGUAGAGUUUGGCACACGUGACGUUCUGCUUUAGAGACAGAAACUGUAGGCCAUGCAAAUGGCAAUAAUUUAGUCAUCCUCAAGUAUGAGUAACUUCAUCAAAGAAAUCAAAACAUUAGUAAUCCCUUUUAUACGCUGCCAGGAAAAAAUGGAUUCGUAGAGAGAUUAAAUUCACAGGAUAAAGCAGUGAAAAAAUAAAUUAAAAUGAGGUUAUUUCCAGUACACACGGACAAGUCUCCUUCCAGGCUAAAUUCCAGCUUCGUGUUGAUUAAGCACAGGAAAAGCACCACACAUACACUGACUCAUGCAGUCAGCUUUGUGAGGCCAGACCCGGACAGACAACAGUCUCCUCAUUUUGAGCCAAACCACCUCAAAAUGACAGUAUCCCUUUACACGGACACAGAUGGAGAGCUAUAGCAAAAA